CGGGGAGGAGAUCACACACUCGGGCUGUAGUAGUAGGGUGUGGAGAUUGUGGACGCUGGAAGAGUGCCUGUCCGGAUUAUCCCCGUCAUCACUGUUGGUCCAUUCAAGCUAAAAGCGACCAUAUAAACAGUGCAGACACCUGGCACCCUUCCCGUGGCUGGAUGUUCUGUCAGCCCUUGCUUGUCUUCUUCAGGAUACACCUGCAUCAGAGCCUCUCCCGAGACACUCCUGGUAGGAGACAAAAAACUCCACCAGUGUGAGAGGAGAGAGAGGGUGCAAAUAUGGAUGAUAUCUUCACUCAGUGCCGUGACGGCAACGCGGUAGCCGUCCGUCUGUGGUUGGACAACACAGAGAAUGACCUUAACCAGGGGGAUGAUCACGGGUUCAGUCCGCUGCACUGGGCAUGCCGCGAGGGCCGCUCCAGUGUCGUGGAUAUGCUCAUCAUGAGAGGGGCACGCAUCAAUGCCAUGAAUCGUGGUGACGACACACCCCUGCACCUGGCUGCGAGCCACGGUCAUCGUGAUAUUCUGACCAAGCUCAUCCAGUGUAAAGCAGAUACCAAUGCGGCAAACGAGCAUGGCAACACCCCUCUCCAUUAUGCCUGUUUCUGGGGCCACGACCUGGUGGCUGAGGAUCUGGUCAAUAAUGGUGCUCAGGUAAGCAUCUGCAACAAGUAUGGAGAAACUCCACUAGACAAGGCCAAACCACCGCUGGCUGCAAAUCUGAAAGAGCUGGCAGAGAAACAGGGACAGAGCCUGACCAAAGUUCUCUUUAAGGACACGUUCUGGAAGGGAACCACUCGAACACGACCACGUAAUGGCACACUCAACAAACAAGCUGGCAUAGAUUAUAAGCAGCUCUCGAUGCUGGCCAAAAUCAACGAGAACCACUCUGGGGAGCUGUGGCAGGGCCGCUGGCAGGGGAAUGAGAUCGUGGUCAAGAUGCUUCAGGUGCGAGACUGGUCUACCAGAAAGAGCCGUGACUUCAAUGAGGAGUACCCGAAAUUAAGAAUCUUCUCCCAUCCAAAUGUGUUGCCUGUGUUGGGAGCAUGUCAGGCGCCACCUGCCCCACACCCAGUCAUAAUCACACACUGGAUGCCCUAUGGCUCACUUUACAAUGUGCUUCACGAGGGCACCAACUUUGUUGUGGAUCAGACUCAGGCAGUGAAGUUUGCUCUGGAUAUAGCAUGCGGAAUGGCUUUCCUGCACACAUUGGAGCCCAUGAUCCCUCGGCACUAUCUCAACAGCAAGAGUGUCAUGAUCGAUGAAGACAUGACAGCUAGGAUAAGCAUGGCAGACGUAAAGUUCUCUUUCCAGUGUCCUGGCAGGAUGUACUCUCCGGCAUGGGUGGCACCUGAAGCCCUGCAGAAGAAGCCAGAGGAGAUUAACCGCCGCUCUGCAGACAUGUGGAGCUUCGCUGUGUUGGUAUGGGAGCUGGUCACUAGAGAGGUGCCCUUCGCUGACCUCUCAAACAUGGAGAUUGGCAUGAAGGUGGCAUUAGAGGGACUGCGACCCACCAUCCCACCGGGCAUCUCCCCCCACAUCUGCAAGCUAAUGAAGAUCUGCAUGAACGAGGAUCCCGCCAAGAGGCCCAAAUUUGACAUGAUCGUACCUAUCCUAGAAAAGAUGCAAGACAAAUGAUCAGCCCUGCUGGCCGUCCCCCUGGCCGUCGAGUUUACAGUAUUGCCUUUCACCACUCACCAAAGUGCCACUGUAGCCCUCUGCUAAAGAAAAAAACAUUUUACUACUUUGAGCGCUGUUGUACUUUUAAAGCCACAUUGUCAGUAUCUCUUAUAUUCUUAUAUGCAAUCAUUGGAUAAUGUAUGUGUUUGUGCCUGUUCCUCAGUCGGUAUUUUCUUUUUCUCUGGAGUGUUUUUGGAACAAAGCUAUACUCAUUUAAAAUCUCUUUUCUAUAGACAAUUAAACGGGAAGCGAUGCUGAUGGUCAUUGGACACAGUGAAUUUACUGUAGAAUCAGUUUUCAACCAACCACUCCCAUUUUGAGCAUUAUUUUCAGCACUCCAUUUCUGUCUUGAUUUCUUCAACAUGUCACCAAGAUCAUUUUAAAAUUUGAAAGGAUUCAUGCAAAAAUGAACAUUUUGUUGUAAUUUACACACCCCCAUGUUGUUCCAAAUCUGUAUGGGGUUUGUUAUUCUGUGGAACACAAAAGGAGAUCUUUGGCAGAAUGCUUGUGUCAGUCACCUUUUAUUUGUAUGGAAAAAUAUGCAAUGAAAGUGAACUGAGGCUAACAUUCUGCCUAAAAUCUCUUUUUGUGUUCCAGAGAAGAAAGUCAUAUGAGUGUGGAACAACAAGAUUGUGAGUAAAUGAUGACAGUUAAAAAUUUUUUGGGUGAACUGGCCCUUUAACUGUAGUUAGGCUAGCUCAAAAUCAGUAGACAUUAAAAUAUUUUAUGGCUUUCAUGUGGGCGUCCUUCCUAAGGGGCAUUUGCGGAGUAACAGAAAAAGGUUUUCAUUACUGUUUUUGUUAACUGUAUGCAAAAAAUAAAAGUAUGCAACAGCAGCUGUGUAGUAUUUAAAAGCAUCAUAACUGUUUCCCUUCGACUGCCCCUAAUAACAAGUUUAAUCUUUAAAGUCCGUGCUUGCUUGUGAGCAGGAUUUUAUUUUAUUUUUUUACACAGGCUGAACAAAAUGCAGUGCAAUAAUGCAACAGCUAAUGCCAGUUUUAUGCCUUAAUAUCAUGUAACAAAAAACCAAAAUACGUAUGAAGUGCAAAUUAAAUCAUGAUUGUGCUGUCCCAUUCUGAGCAGGGAGAUUCAUUUAAUAAGCUAAAGAGGAAAGUCCUUUAGAACUCUAGUGCUGAAGAUCGACAACAUGCAUUGAGGGGUCAUAAUCAGUUCCUUUCUUGUCCAUAUACUGUAUAAAACAAAUCAGAGGCCACGUGUUUGCUUGAUCCAUACAAAUGCAUGUUAUAAGCCUGUGCUAAAAUGCCCUCUUUAUUUAACUAACAAGUCUGUUCUAAUUUACAUUGUACAUGUUAAGCAUGGUAAGUGCGGAAAUGUCUGAGUGAUUUUUAUACUGUAUACUUAUAAGUGUUUUUAAUGGGCAGUACAUUAAGAAGCCCAUGAUUGCCUUUAUUUUUGCUUGUCUAAACACUACAUUUAUUUACUUCCCUCUUUUGCUUUCACAGUGUUCCUCUUUCAGAAAGCAAGUAUGUAAUAGGAAACUAUUACUUGUGCAUACUUGACAUGCAAAUCCCCCACAGUCUUUGUUUUUAUAUUUAGAAAAUGCAACAGUGGUGGAAAAGUUGAUUAUUCAUAAUAACUUAUGCUCGCUCUGACCCUUUGAGUGUUUUUUUUUUUUAAUGAAAUUUUAUGUGGCUUUUCUUUAUCUUAUUUUGGUGAUUUUGACUGUUUAUAUUUUAUUCAUGGUAACAAAUGUUUACUAAAUGAAAAUGAGAACAAAUAAAAUGUUUUGGC